AUGGCGGAGGACGACAACGAGUGGGUGGUGGAGAGCAUCGUCGGUUACCUGGGAAGUCCCGAGUGGGUCAUCCCUGUUACGGACUUCAUGGAGCACAAAUGUACAGUGUUUGAUGAUGAAGAUGAAAAUAAGUUGGCGUAUACAGAAAUCCAUCAGCAGUAUAAAACGUUGGUUGAGAAGCUUUUAGAGAAUUAUAUGCUGGAGGUGGGCAUCAAUGAGCAGCAGUUUUUGGACGCGUGCACCUCCCCUUUCGCCAAGUCAAAAACAGUGCAGUCUGUAUUCCAACCAGUCCUUGCUACAGACGAUUUCCAGUUGUUUCGCUCUUUGAUGGUCCAGAAGAACAUGGAGCUGCAGCUUCAGGCGCUGCGGGUCAUCAAGGAGAGGAACGGAGCGCUUCCUGACUGUCUGACCGAUGGCGAUGAUGUGAUGACGGAGUUGCAGCAGCAAGAAAUGAAAAUCCUGCAGGAAGUCCUCAAAAAGUCCAAAGAGGAGUACGAUGAGGAAAUGUCAUUGAGGUCGCUGCUGGAAGAGGAGUGUUCUACAUCCAGUGGCGAAGCCCAAAAGACCACCUUUACAGCUCCAGCACAAGAUGGCAACACUGCCCAACUUGACAAGCACUGCACAGACGCUCACCGAGCACAAACAAUGAACGCAAAGAGCGCAUCCAUUCAGUCUAACCAGACCAUUGGCAAAACUGCCCAAAACACCAAGAACAAAAUGUCUGCCACAGCAGAUGUUAAGCAAGUGGAAAAAAGCAGCUCCUUCUCCUCUUCUACGCGUACCCCUGGCAGCAUUGAUAGCAGUGCGGAGCCCCGAUUUCUGCCGCCUGUAAGACAACCCGUCAGCGCCGAGCAGAAGGUGGCGGAAUCGUGCCUGGAGGAAGCGCACAAGGAGGCCGGCUUCGCUCAGCCUUACAAUGAACUGUCGACAUCUCAGCAGGAGAGUCUCCAGCAGAGGGCGUCCUACUUGCGCGAGCAGCGCGACAAGCUGCACGCGCUCAAGAAGGAGCAACGCGCCAAGCAGGUCGACCAGGAGGCGCCUUGCUCUCCCUCCUCGCCCGCAACUCCUCCUCCGCUUCCAUCCUCUGAGAUUUCAACCGAAGAGCGCAAGAAGCUACAGAAGAGAAAACACCUGGCAGAUAAGCUGAAGGAGGAAGUCAUUAAGAAAUGA